UCUUUGAGAACACAUUUCUUUAUUUUUGGUUAUUUUUUAUAUGUCAUAUUUUAUCUUGGUUAUGUUUUAACAUAUUCUUGUUUAUAUUUUUUCAUAUAUUCUUGGCUAUAUCUUUUUUAUACUCUUGGCUAUUUUUUGCUAUUCAUUGGAAAAUGGGAAAUGUAAGCUGAAUUUGGUUACCUUAACAACAAUACUUUGAAGUAUCAUGUGAAGGGCCGAUUCUUUUAUCUGUUUACAAUUACGUCAUGCUUUAGCAAAGGAUGGAAUAGAACGUGGUUUAAGAAACACUAUGCUUGGGAAAAAUUCUUGUUGGCCAAUGUUUUUACCUACAAAAGAAUUUUUAGAACAUUUAAACAUGAAUACGUAACAAAGGGCGGUCAUCUCCAAUUAGGUCAUCUCACAAUCCGUUUUGCCAUGGAAACAGGGUCUUUGUUCUCAUUCUUGGAAAUCAGUAGAAGAGUAGAAAGGCGCUUAGUAACAACUUGAAACCUUGUAUGUGGGCUUACAAAGUCUUUGUAAACGUUUGGCUUUCAUUCUAAUUAGAAAUUCGAAGAUUCCUGAUCAAUGAUGCAAUUAUGUGCAUUUUACGGAGGGCUCUUAGUCGACGAGGGGCUGCAAAAAGGCGAUAAGACCUCCUAACUAGAGUACCAUGACAACAAACCAAAACUCAGAUUUUGGCAAACGGGGUAUCAGGAGCCAGGGACGUAAACAAGUAGCUAAUUUUGGGGGGUCGUGACAGGUAAAAAAUUCCAACUUUACCUGAUGAAUUUUUUCUUUUGACCUGUUAAUCUUCUGUACUUACUAAAUUGAUUUAGAAAUUUGGCUUAUUCCAGAUUUUUAGGUUCUGUAUAAUUACCAACAUUUUACUUACAAUAAUUAGUCUUAAGCAUAAAAACACUAAAGAAGAUAAAGAAAAUCUCUAAAUUUUGAUUAACGUAACACGAACAUUUAAUCUUUUCGUAAGAUAUAAAGCAACAUCAAAGCCAUACCAGUCUAGAUCUUGGAUAUGUUUAAUGAUAAAAAGUAAUAUUCUUUCAAGUCAAUUAACAGCAAUUGUGCAGAUCAGUUUUAUAUAAAAUAUCUUUUUAACAAUAUCGAAGCAUCAAGGAAUUGACCAUUUCAUCUUUUAUUCUUGAUCCAAGGGAAAUUUUCACAAUUUUUAAAGAGCUAAACGUCCUUUGUUUUUUAGAACUGAAAAGGGUGAUCUGAGAGCAAGUGCAUAUGCCCGAUUCGUAAGAUAAGAUAAAACACUCUUCUUUGAUCAAGUACUUCUGAUGCAGCUUCUAUAAUAUUGUCUGCCUUCACAGCAGCUUUAGCAAUUUAUGGUAAGAUUCAAGGAGGUCUACAAAGUACAGGGGGAGCUUAGCAUACACCUGUUCAGAAAGCGUUGAGAAGAUCUAAAAUUUUUACAUUUAAAAUCCCAAAAUCCUAAGCUAUUAAAUUCACAUGAUUGGUCAUAAUAGUUUGAAAAAAAACCAAGUUAACUUUUAGGUUUAGAAACUGCAAUUGGAUUUUCCAACCUUUAGGGGGGGCGUCACGCCCCCACGCCCCCUAUUAUUUACGUGUCUGUCAGGAGCGAGAAGAUCCUUGAUAGUCUAGCCCGGUGGAGGGGAUAUAGGACAGCAGGCAACUCUGCACCGUCAUCCAGCGACUACUACUACAACAUCGGAACAUGGAAUGUAAGAGGACUGUUAAAACAAGAAAAGCGAGCAAAUGUGGUUCAAGAAAUGGAUAGAGUGGAUGUUGAUAUCUUAGGAUUGUCUGAAACUCACUGGAAAGAUGUAGGGAAUUCAAGACCAGCAUACCAACAGUACCAGGACAGUAUGGCAUCAUCUAUUCAGGAGGAAAGCAAAGCAGACAAGGUCUGGCAUUCAUUGUAAAUGAAAGAACUAAAAAGUCCACUUCAUACUAUCAUGCAGUUAAUGAGAGAAUUAUGCUUAUGAAAUUACAAGAAAAAAGCCGUGAACUCCUUAUCACACAAAUUUAUGGUUAUACAGAAGACGCGGACAGAGAACAGGUUGAAGAAUUCUAUGAGUUAUUGGAUAUUACAAUAAAGGGACACAAGGAGAGAAAUGACAAAGUUAUUAUAAUGGGGGACUUCAAUGGAAGAGUGGGUAAAAAUAAAUUCAGUAAUGUAGUUGGUAAGUUUGGACUUGGACAAAGAACACCUAAUGGGGAUAGACUAAAAGAAUUCUGCAAAAAGCACCAUCUUUUAGUUACAAAAACCUGGUUUGAGCAAAAAGAAAGCGCAAGACACACUUGGAUAUCGCCAGACCAAAGAACAAAGAAUCAAAUAGAUUACAUUUUGAUAAACGAAAGAUACCGGAAUAGCGUGAGCAAUUCAAAAAGCAGACCAGGAGCAGACUGUGGAUAAGAUCACAACCCAGUUAUUGCUAAAACCAAAACCAGGCUUAAAGUUAUAAAGAAGAAAAAGAAAAAGAAUAAAACAUGGAAUAUCAAAAAUCUACAGAACAAAGAUGUAAAGGAAAAAUUCAAGUCUAAGUUUACUAACAUAUACCAAGACGAACGCAACAUGGAAAUAAAUGAAAUAAGGAAUAAUAUCAAGGAAUGCAUACAAAUAACAGCAGAUGAAAUAUGCGGGAACAACAACAAAGAAAUGAAACAAAGGUGGAUGACAGUUGAGAUAAUAAAAAAGAUGGAAGAUAGAAGAAUGAAAAAUCAAGCAACCAAGGGCAGUAACAAAAAACAAAAAGAACUAGCCAGGGAAAUCAAAAGAGACUGCAGAAAAGCAAAUGAAGAACACUAUAAAAGAAAAUGUGAGGAAUUAGAAGAACUGGAUAAGCUACAUAGCCCAAAUCUGUACAAAAAACUGAAAGAUCUGACACCAAAGUCCAGGAAAACCCAGCUAGGAAUCAAAGACAGAUAUGGGGAAAUGAUCUAUGAAGAAGAAUUAAUAAUCAAAAGAUGAGAAGAGUACAUAGGAAGGGAAUUAUAUAAUGGUAAAAGAAAGACCUUACCAAAUAUUGACGAAGUGAAGGACGAAUUAAAUAGAAUAGACGAAAAAGAAAUACAAGAAAUUAUCAACGAGCUACCAAAAGGAAAGGCAGCUGGAGAGGAUGGAAUAUGCGCCGAAUUCUUACAAAGUCUGGGAGAAAGGGGAAUAGCAGCUUUAAUUGAACUCCUCAACAAAAUCUAUACAACAGGAAAUCUUCCUCAGGAUUUCAUCAAGUGUGUGUUUGUUCCAAUCCCUAAAGUCACCAAAGCCAAGGAGUGUAACGAAUACAGAACGAUCAGCCUAAUCUCACAUGCUGCGAAAAUUCUACUUAAAAUAAUAAAGAAAAGAAUAACACCUUUUAUUGAAAAUCGAAUCAGCGAGAAUCAACUUGGUUUUAGAAAAGGCAAAGGUACAAGAGAAGUUAUUUUUAUCGCAAGAAUCUUAAGUGAAAGAACUAUUGAGAAAAAGAAAACUAUUUAUCUGUGUUUUAUUGAUUACACCAAGGCAUUUGACAGAGCAAGACACGACAAACUCAUUGAAAUAAUGAAAAGAACGGAAUUCCUAAUUAUGAGAUCAGAUUAAUUGCCAAUUUGUAUUGGAAACAGAAAGCAAGUGUAAGAACCAACCAAGGGGAGAGUGAAGAAAUUGAAAUAAAAAGAGGCGUUAGACAGGGUUGCAUCCUAUCACCAAUCCUAUUCAACCUGUACAGCGAAUUGAAGAAGCAUUAAGCAACAAAAAAUGGCUAAACAUCAAUGGAGAAAAUAUAAACAAUAUUAGAUUCGCUGAUGAUACUGUACUAAUUACAGAAAGCAAAGAAGAUCUUCAAAAAAUGAUUAAUGAGCUGCAUCAAAAAUGUAUAGAAUAUGGAAUGAGUCUAAAUGAAAAAAAAAACAAAAGUAAUGAUAAUAGACAAGAAGGAACGAAUUAAAUGUGAAAUUAAAGAAGAAAACAAAGAACUAGAACAAAUAAAAGAAUACAAAUAUCUAGGAAGUUGGAUAGUUGAUAAUGGAAAAUGUGAAGAAGAAGUCAGAAGAAGAAUAGAAAAAGGAAAAAGUAAUUUUUGGAAAUUCAAGGAAUUUUUAAAAAGCAACAUCAACCUCAAUUUGAAAUUAAGGCUACUUAAAACCUACAUCUUCUCAGUAGUAGGAUAUGGAAGCGAGGCAUGGACAUACAACAAAAUAAUAAAAGAAAAACUUCAUGCUUUCGAAAUGUGGUGCUACAGGAGAAUUCUGAAAAUAAGCUGGACUGAAAGAGUAACCAACAAAAAAGUGUUAGAAACAAUUGGACAUCAGAGAGUUUUAGUCAAAGAAAUGAUAAAAAGAAAAAUGAGAUUUGCUGGCCACAUUAUGAGGGGAUCAUCCGGGUUCUUGGCAAGGCUUGGCAAGGAAGGUAUGAUUGACGGAAAAAGAGACAGGGGAAGACAAAGAAGAACAUGGGGAGACGAUGUCAAGGAAUGGAGCGGGUGAGAGAGCAUUGGGAGAGCUAAAUGAUGUUCUGAGGAUAGGGAUAGUUGGAGAGUAAUGGUAGCCAACCUUCUGAUAGAAGAUGGCACCUGAUGAUGAUGAGAGUAUCUCCUAAUUUUAUCUCGUUGGUUUCAGCUGUACACACUUUCCCGUUCCAAAAAAAGCAAUGUGCAACGGCACAGGUCGAAACUUUCUUUUCAGAUCAGCCCCUAGAAUUCUUUGGGAUUUGAUUAAAAAGGGGUCCAUUUUCAUGUUACGUUUUUGGUCCCAGACUCCUCGCAACAACGUACUCCCUCACUGAUCUGUGUCUGAAGCGGGAAACAGGAGGAGGAAGUAAACGGAUGAUGCCACAAAACAAAACAGGGUAGUCAAGUUUGGUUUGAUGAUGGUACAAAGCUUGGCUAUUUGGUACUUGGAACCAUCACUGAAAAUAUUGGCACACAUGUUAAAAUUCUACAUGGAAAUAAGACUUACACUAUUCCCAGCAAAGCUGUCAAACCAGCUGAUGAGACCACACAUAGUGGAAUUGAUGACAUGGUCAAAUUAAGAGAUCUCCAUGAAGGUUCAAUUCUGUGGAAUCUUAAAAAGCGAUAUCAUCUUGGUCAAAUUUAUACUUACAUUGGAAGCAUAAUCAUCUCAGUGAACCCUUACAAAUUAUUCAGUAUUUAUGGCUUAGAUACUGUAAGAAAAUACCAAGGACAAUUCAUCGGAAAAUUGCCACCGCACAUUUUUGCAAUUGCCGAAUCUGCUUUCUUUGAGAUGGUAAAAGAAAAUGUCAAUCAAGUCAUGGUUGUCAGUGGAGAAAGUGGAUCUGGAAAGACAGAGUCGACGAAGCUGAUUAUGCAGUACUUAGCGACCGUAAAUAGGGCACAAAGCACACUUGUGACUGAAAAAAUACUUGAAGCAAAUCCUCUAUUGGAAUCAUUUGGAAAUGCAAAAACUCUGAUGAACGACAACUCAAGUAGAUUUGGGAAAUACAUAGAAAUAUUCUUCGACCAGGGUGCAAUAUGCGGAGCUAAAGUUUCUGAAUAUCUGCUCGAAAAGUCAAGAAUUGUAUACCAGAACCCUGGAGAUCGUAAUUUUCAUAUUUUUUACGAAAUGAUCACCGGUCUUCCUGCCGCAGAGAAAUCCACUUACGGCCUCACGAAACCAGAUGAUUUUUUCUAUUUGAAUCAGGGAUCAAGCUCAACUAUUGCCCAGAAAGUCGAUGCCAGCGAUUUCCAACACACACUGUCAGCCAUGGAAAUUCUUGGAAUUAGCAAAGAAGAGAAAAAGGGAAUUCUUGGAAUCUUAUCGUCUAUUCUUCACCUUGGAAACAUAUAUUAUGGGCGAGCACAGAAAAAUGGUCAAGAGGCGGCAGUAAUUAUGAACAACAAAGAAGUUGAACUAGUCGCCAAACUCCUGGAAGUUGAGCUGGAAGGUGUCGCUAUGGCCCUGACUCAUCGUGUUACGGAGGCUGCUGGAGAACGUUUCUACAGUCCGCUGAAUAUCGAAAGAGCCCUGGAUGCGAGAGAUGCCAUGACACGUGCUUUGUAUUCACGUCUUUUCGGGUGGCUUGUUGCCAGGAUCAACCAGAGCAUUCACCAACCAGAUAACAAAACAUCAUCGUCCAUUGCCAUUCUUGAUAUCUUUGGUUUUGAGGAUUUCAAGUCCAAUUCAUUCGAGCAGUUUUGCAUUAAUUUUGCAAAUGAAAGUCUUCAAGCUUUCUUUGUCGAUCAUGUUUUUAAACAGGAACAGGAGGAAUAUCGCCAAGAAAAGAUACAAUGGAACACAAUGUCUUUCGUUGACAACCAGCUUUGCCUUGAUUUGAUUUGCAAGCCUCCAUGUGGUAUAGUUCAUGUCUUAGGAGACGUGAGCAACUUUCCUCAGUCAACAGAUCGUUCAUUUCUGGAGAAAUGUCACCAACAAUUCAGGGACAACAAAUACUACAAAAGACCCAAAACAGACUUACUUGAAUUCGGGAUUGUGCACUAUGCUGGGCUUGUAAACUACCAGGUCGAUAUGUUUUUGGAUAAAAACAGAGACAACAUGAGACCUGAAAUGGCGGAUCUUCUCUCAUCAAGCAAAUCGCCAAUAAUAGCAAGCUUUUUUCCGAAUGAUGCCUCUGACGGUGUGCAAGUAAGCAACAUGCUGAUCAACCCAGCUGUUCGACCAUCUUACAGUUAUGGAGGCAGCCGAAAGAGAAACCAAUUCAAUAUGGUCAAGGUCCCAACUGUAGCCGGGGGUUUUGCUGAAUCUCUUUCAAAGCUGGUCAAGAAAAUGAAACAGUGCAAUCCAUUCUUCAUCCGCUGUCUACGACCGAACACAGAGAAAUCACCAAUGUUGUUCCAAGACUCGCUGGUCAUGAACCAGCUCAGGUGUUCUGGAAUGUUGGAGACAAUCAAAAUAAGAAAAUCUGGCUUUCCUGUGCGAAUCAGUUACGAUAAUUUCAUGCAGAGGUAUCACUGUAUUUACAAAGGACGCUUAUAUCCACAUGCAUCUCCACGUGAAAAUUGUUCCAAAAUUCUACUUAUGCUGCCAAGCGGGAAAUUCAAAAACGAGUUUGCAAUGGGGGAAAAGAAGAUCUUUCUUCGUGAAAAAAUGGAGAGGUAUUUAGAAGAGAGACGGUACAUGACGUUGCGAAACAUGGCGGUUGUCAUACAAAAACACGUUCGUUGCUGGAUUGCUCGCCGUUCGUUUCGCCGAAAGAAGGGUGCUGCCUUGGUAAUACAGCGAAGAACUAGGGGAUACCUAGCACGGAAACGGUAUCAAAGAAUUAUCCGAGGAAUAGUUUUGUUCCAGUCUUUAUGGAGGGUUCAUUUUAGAAGGAAGUUUUUUAAAAUGGAUGUUCCGGAUGACAAAAGCGCCCCCGGGCAGCAGCUCCAAUAUUACAGCAAAUUUGAAAAGAAAAUGUUGGAACUUGAAAGAAGAGCAAGUGUUGAUGUGACUCACUUGGAAAUCCCUGCUGAACUGGCGCUUGUGUUCUCAAAGCAACCGUCAUGGGAGCCAAUUCACCAGGACUUCCAUCUUUCGAAAGUUACCAAGGUCAUUGAAAAUGACUACGCAAGAAGUGGCUUACCUUCUGAUAUUGACAACUUCCCUUUCUCCAAGUUCAUUCAGCAAUUUUUCAAGGAUGAUAAAAUAUUUCACCAUUCAAAAGCCCCGAUUUACUCGCCUUUCUUGAAAGUCAAACAAUCUGAAUCUGUCGAGGCUGUGAAAGUUUUCAAGUUGAUAAUGAGAUUUAUGGAUGAUCCCUCCAUCACCGGUAGCAGAGAAUUUAUUCUUGGAAAUUACAUCGUACAAAUGGGAAUUGGAAACCCUGAUGUUCGUGACGAAAUGUACACACAAAUUUGCAACCAGAUCUGGUCGAACCAAGAUGACAAAUCACGGCAACGAGGCUGGAUACUCGUUUCCCUGUGCUUAUGCUGUUUCCCGCCAUCAGCGUUGAUGUAUAAGUAUCUCCUCAAAUUCGUUUCUGACCAUGGAAUGGGUGUUUAUAAGAACAUCUGUCAACACAAACUUCUUACUUGGAAGGCGAAUCAAUCCUCAAGGGCCCUACCCCCGUCUUUCUUGGAAUGGAAGUCAAUCAAGGAUCAAGCAAAAAUGUCACUCGAAAUGCAGGCAUCUGAUGGUUUAUUCGCUGACGUUGAAGUUGAUUCAACCACUGUUGGAGAAGAGGUUGCUGCUACUGCAAUGAGAACGAGAGUGAUUAAAGACCAGAUAGAUGGUUGGUCGUUAAGUCUUCAGUAUGAAAGGUCAUGCAGACUUGAUCUUCCCGGAUGUGACUUUAUCAUGGACCUAGUAUCGAUCCUUGAGGCACCCCCGCUAUUUCCUCCGGUUUCUUCAAGAACGCUAUUGUCGAUUGAUUCAACAAAUCCAAUACCAACAUCAAGGAUGGAAUCAAUUGCCAACAUGCAUUUGCAAAGGCCGUCUCAUGCUUCCAAGAAUUCCAUGGUGCUUUUUGACUUUGAAGAAGGCGAAAUUCAACAGAAUAUCGUAGAACACAAGAGAGAUGAACUCAUCUAUCAUUUGCACAGCCCAAAUGAAUCCUCUUCGUUUGGAUAUGAUCACAGAGAGCUUGUUAAUGCCCAACCGACCCCCUUGAUGAUGCUUGCAGCCAUGCCCCCUCCACCGCCACCACCUCCUCCGCCACCACCUCCUCCGCCACCUCCUCCCCCACCACCCAUAUCAGCGCUGCCAUCAAGAAAUCUUUCCCCGCCGCUACCUUUUCUGAGAACGUCUUCCCUAUCACGCAGUCAAUCUUCUAGCAUUACAAAUACAGAUUCUGCUGCCUCUGCAAGCAACAUAUCACAGAAAGAAACUAGGAAUGCCUUACAUGGUGUACCAGUUUUCAAAGGCGCCGAGUCGUCAAUAUCUCUUGCUGAAGUGAGAAGCCGCGCUAAAGAGCUCGGGAAAUCGCGGGAAAACCGGCUUUCAUUGCACAGCGAUAAGAGUUAUGAUCCAAUCGUGGCAGAAAUAAAGGCAAGAAAUUCAUCUACCGGGUAUGAGAAUGAUCCUUUAGACAACAAUAACGAAACAGUAAAAACAGUUGCUGUGGGUGAAAAGCAGAGAAAUUCGUUUGAUUUUAACUCAUAUGAUCUAACUGGGAAAGAUAUUUUACGAAAUAGGCCUGUCGUUCAUUCGUACCCAAACACAAGUCUUUUAGUGCAGAAAGCGCAAAAGGAAAAUGACGUCACAAGAGAAAGUGUUUCAGCAAUUUCCUCGAAGGUAAAUCCACCGCCACCAGUGAAGCCCAAACCUAUUAAGUCACCAGACGUUAAUCAAACGAAAAGCGUUAAUGCGUAUGUCGAUAGACUUUUUAACCCCGUCUAUAUAGGUGAGAUGGAAGAUUUGCGGAGCAGCAGUGCAGUGAGCCAGAAACUCAAGGGUGGAGGAGGAAAAGCUGCAGUACCGUAUCCAUCACGUGUCGGUGAGUUUGGCAAAUCAACCAAUGGCAGUGCGCUUACUAAUGGGAGAAUCCAAACGGAAGUGCCGUAUGAGGCCGAGCAACAGAGAACUCUAGUUCAGCAGCUGUUACAGCAACAGGCCUUGAUGCAGGAAACCCUGCAAAAGAUACUAGACGAAAACAAAAGAGCCUGGGAGUUUGCUGCUGCACAGCAACCGGUCGCUGCUGCUCCACAGUUACUUAAACACCACAAUGUGUCGACCGAGCUACCAGAGAAGGAUUAUGGGUCAGUGAAAACUAAUGGGAUUAAAAGGCAUGAUGUAGGAGAUAUUGAGAUUGCAACCGGGGAGGAUGAAAAUGCUAGCGAAGAUAGGCUGCCUCGGCAAGCUGGAUCGUAUGAUUCAAAGUCCGUUCGCAAAUUGCCUGGUGGCAUACGACAUGCUAUUCGCCAGUUUGAGGCACAGCAAAGUUCGGAGGAAAAAGACUAUAUGAAGGUAGAUGAUCUACAGCAUGUAGCAGUGGAUCGUUCGAAUACGCCUGUCAGCUCUAAUGUUACGAAAAGCACCAAAUGGGGCAAGCUAUCACCUGGCAACACCCAGUUGUUUCAACAGCAAACGACUAAACUUCUAACCAAGCCUGGUAGGGAUUUUCUCACAUACGGGAACGUGCGAUGGCAGUUGCUUCUCAAGAAGGAGAUUUUUUUACCUAAUGAUAACACGGACCAAAACCCAGUCAUUCAAGAGCUCAUAUAUCAACAGAUUUUGCAGGACAUGUAUUGCCGAACCUGUUGUAGACUCUCAGCGCAAGACAGGGCGGCCAUCACCGUGAUACUAGAAUCGACUGAAAACAGACAUUCGGACAUCACUCCGCAAGCAUCAAAGGAUAUGCUGAUCACAAAAGCCAAGCAAUUCAACUUUUACUUUUCCAGGAUAUAUCCUGUCACUGGAUACUCAGAUUCGAAUAAAAGACACGUUUACCUGGCCGUGUCACACACAGGAGUCCGAUUUGCAGUCAGAGAUCGUCUAGAUGAGGAACUUGCUCUCCAUGCUUACUUCACGUUUCCAGAAAUUCUAUACGUGAAAUCCUUCAAAGACAAGUUGACUCUGGACACGAUUUCGCAUAAAUUCACAUUGUAUACUGCACGGGCCUUCACAGUUAAAAAGCUGAUCGACAGUUUUCUGAAAAUACACAAAAAGAAUGAGGUAUACGUGCAUGCCCUGUGUGAUUUCAAACCUACCGAAAAUGGGUUCCUUUCUUUCAACCGUGGGGAUAUCAUUCGCAUUUUGGACAGGACUGAUUUAGAAGACGGCUGGCUGUUUGGCAUUGUUCAGGACAAAAAGGGCAAGUUUCCUGCAAACUGUGUUGAAGACUAUGACCCGACAUCAAUGCUGACGUCCAAAUCUCAAGAUCGCAUCUGGGCAAAACCGAUACGACCUGCGGAUGAUACGGACAGCGUCGAUUCGGAGGAGUUCACAACAGACGAUGGAAAAUUUUCUAUGAUGGAAUUCGCGUUCAGAUAUUUCAGACAGGACGAUGCAAGAUCAUCUAGUCAGAGAAAGAAAGGCGUAGAGAAAUGGACAUGGAAGACGAUGACAGACCUCAUAAAGUAUACUUCAGAACCUCUAAACAGCUCUUUACUCAAUUACAACAACAAGCAACUUAACAAGCAAGCAGUGGAAAUCUCAAAGGCAAUUUGGAAAUUUAUGGGUGACUUGCCUAAGGCAAAGCAUCAAAGUGACGCAGAGCUUCUGAUUUUCAUCUUGAAGACCGGAAGGGACGUUCUCGACCUCAGGGAUGAGAUUUACUGCCAACUGGCAAAACAAACUACAAACAACAAAAGCAACACAAGGGACAGCGUGAGCCGUGGUUGGAGGCUUAUCAUGAUUUGUACGGCUUACUUUGACUGCUCGCAAUGGCUUAAACCUUAUCUUCUAAAGUAUCUGAAACUGGCAAAUAACCCAAAGAGAGAAAUUCAAGGGGCUGCUGCUGUCAGUGAACAGAACUUGACAAGAUCAUUCAAAUAUGGCGGAAGAAAACACUUACCACCUCCAAAUGAACUGGAAAUGCUUUUGCAAGGGAAACAUAUGAAGCAGCAGAUUGUCAUUCUCCCAGGCAGCCUGAAAUGCAUGGUCAGAAUCAACACGAGCACGACUGGUGCAGAUGCUGUGAGUGAAGUCUGCCGCGAAAUGGGAUUGGAAAGUGAAGAUGACAUUUCUGAAUAUGGGAUCUUUACAUACCUAGAAGAUCAAAAGUUGCUUCUGUCACUGCAAAGGGGAGAUUACAUUUUCGAUGUUUUUGCUGAGCUUGAAAAACAGGAUAUCAAAUUCUCACUUGCUUUUCGAAAAGUUAUUUGGUUUCAGCCAAUGAAAUUCAAUGAUGCGCUUCUGGUAGAGGUUAUUUACAACCAGAUUUUGCCGGACUUUAUGAGUGGGUAUUUGUUGCACCUCAAAGAUUACCGUGAUGAACUUUUGGUGACAAGUGAUUCAAUUGCAUUACUGGCUGCUUUGCAGUUCAAGGCAUCUGGUGGCAAGGGCAUCCCAUCCCUACGCGAAAUCUCAACCCUGAUUCCAGUUGUUGCUUUGGGCCUACUGACACCAAACCAGUGGACCAUGAAAGUUCAAGAUAGCCUCAACACGUUACAACGAUUCACAGCUCUUUCAGCAAGGAAAAAGUUUUUAGAAAUCAUAUCAACAUGGCCAUACUUUGGAUCUUCUUUCUUCUACGUCAAGCAUGUUUCUCAUUCAAAUAUUCAAGGCGAAAGUAUACUAGCCAUCAACAAAAGUGGCGUUAGUUUUCUGAAUACGUCCACAAACGAAACAAUGGUUUUCUUCAAGUAUGACGAGGUUUUGUCAACAAGAAAUUUGAGAACAGAAGCUGGACAUUUGUUUCUGGAUUUGAAAUGCGGGGACCUCAUGGUGCAGAAAGUGACAAGACUUGAGACACCGCGGGGCAAAGAAAUUUCAAACCUUAUUGGCCAAUACAUCAACAAAAUAACAGAAGAAGAGCAGCACAAGGAAAUGGUGAAUGGGGUUAUGAAAGUUCAUCAUAUCACAACUGCAGCAACCAAGCUGUAACGAAAUUGAUUGCUAACUGAAUACAGCUUUUAAUAAAAUCGGGGCAAAGAAUGGUAAUGGCAACAAUAUAACGAAUCUCUUCUUGAGAAGUGUCGAAUAUAAAAUGUGACUUUGUGCACGCAUAAAUUUGAGAAUUUGGAGUAAUUUUUUUAGGUUUUAUGGGAUUAAUUUUGUAUUCAGAGCAAUGGCAUGCUUCGACAGGAUAUGAAUGGGGAAUUAAAGCGUCUUUUCCCUCCACUAGCUUACAGGUCCAGCCUGACCCGACUGGUACCACCUGGCAGGGUUCCCUAGCUCAGGGCUACGAACGAUGGCUAACGGCUAACUCGGCGGGAGACCGGCAAGGAGGGCGGAUGAGCUACGACUCCAGGGGUCAACGGCUUCGGGCGGAAGAACUCCUGGCAAGAGGGAUAGUGUCCCUUAAAAGACACUGUAGAGGUGGUUCUGGGGGCCCAUCUCUACUAUUAGCCCCUUAGUUUUAUCUAUGACCAUGACAACAAACCAAAACUCAGAUUUUGGGAUAGUUGGAGGGUCAUGGUAGUUGGAGGGUCAACCUUCUGAUAGAAGAUGGUAUCUGAUGAUGAUGAAUUUUGUAUGCAUAAUGUUAAUCGUUUUUACAGCUCUUUGCCGUGAAAAAAAUCAAACUAAUGAAUUGAACUAUUCAGUAAGCCUAGAGCAGAACAUAUGACAGCUUCAUGGCCAUUUUUAACCUAACAAAAGAGAUGCUUGCUUGAUAAACUCUGUUUAUUUGAUCUUAAUAAUAAUGACUAAGCACGGAAAAUCAUUUUGCUAAGAUCCAAAGAACUUUUAGAAUAAAAUGCAUUGGAUUUGACCUGGCAGUAGUAGAACAAAUUAACAUGAAAACCUGAAAUUCUUGACCCAGCAGCUUAAGAAUUUUUGGGCAAUAAUGUUCGUGUAAAUUUGGGAUGUGUCUCUAUCAUGUGUUAAAAUUUAAAAACUUCACCAAUUAUGAAGUAGCUUUUUUCUUACGAGGGAAGGUAUAUAAAACUUACUGUCUGGGGGUGAAUAUUUUACCUGCAUUUAGAUCUAUCUGGAGUAUUUACUAUGGCAAUUUUUGAAAUGGUUGUAUAAUAGUUUUUAUGAAUAUUUAUUAUCUGCUUAUAUUUUGUGUUUUUCGCGGAAUAUUCUGCCACGUGAACACCCAUUUGAUUACGAGUGAGCCAAUAUCUACCCACCAUUACAUUGUCCAAUACACGGCCUUAAGCAGGGAUUGUAAAUAAACGAUAAAUUCACGUAAUUUAGCUGCAAAUAUUUCACCGAGAUCAAUGAAAAAUGACAAAAAAGCCUAAGCGUAAUGAUAGGUAAAUUUUCCAUGCUUCUUUUUCUCUUGAUCCAGACAUGAUGAUCAUUGAUCGUUGAAUUUUGUUAUCACAAGGAAUUUAUAAGUAGCAUGGGAGCGGGGAUGGUUAUAUUAAAAUGCCUGCAAGAAACGAUUGCUAUUAAGAAAACGUUUAAGAAAUUUGCCUAAAUGUUGGUAUUAAUGCAUUAAACUUUUGCAGAAUCGUUUUUGAUAAAAUUAAGUUAUUAUAGAUACAAAUGGGAAAAAUUUCACUAUGCUUUUAGCACAUCCAUUUUUGUGUAACCUCGCUUGUAGAGUGAGGCUCAGCAGGCGGGAAAUCCGUAUGCUUGUUGCUUACAGCUUGCGUGAUUAGCAUCGUCUACGAAAUUCAAAUUUAAAAUGCUGCUUGUGGAAAUAAAUAGCGAAAUUAUGUUAUACGGUAUGAAUUCUGAAGCUGUUAGAAAUAGCUUGCAAUCCUUCGAAAGAUUAAAACCAACGAGCUACAGAGAAAGAACCAAGUUCUGGAGAGCUUUCACUUCUGAGACACUCCCCUGCUGGAUAGAACGAAAGGUAUGAAAAACAGCUGUUAAUAAAAUGCGCUAGGGGAUAAACUCAGGGACACCGGAGGGGGAGGGGGCAAACCCAUUCAGAAUAGGGGCGAGGAGGGUAAAGUGCAUUUAUUUCCAUGGCACUUGUAUGUAGUGGAAUUUCAAAAUGACCUGAAACUGAGCUGAACUGAGUGCACUCUUCAUGGAAAUGACCUUGACCAUUUGUUGGUCAUUUUCUACUACAAAGGAAACUUAUUUCACUUCGUUUUCCAUUCAAUGUUAUUUAUACACACAAUCAAUAUAUGUAGCAUAUAAUUACGAGGAUAAAAACCUAAAACAUAAAAAACUGUAUCCCCAUAAAACUUGUUCAAAUGAUUUAUAACUAACUUUUAUCGUUGAUGACUUAGUGUUAUAUUGGUUUUGUGCACUAGUGAGAAGGAUCAUUUUAUGUUCUUGCGAGAGAGAUUUUUGCAGAUUUGUGUAUUCUUUGGAUACCUAAGAUUGCAAGUUCCCAAUGAGAACCCACAAUUUUUUUACUGAUUUAAAUGAAAAAUAGACAGUUUCAUGUGUGAAAAAAAUUUCACUCAUGAAAGAAAGUUCCACCCAAUAUUUCCGGGGGCCCAAAUGGGAGCUAAAUAUUUGAAAAUUUGGCCUGGUACCAUUUUCAGGGCUUGAUAACUUCUACAAAAACCAUUUCUUCCUUCUCAUUUCUUCAAAAUGUACAGUUUAUCAUGCAAAGGUGCUUAAAAAAUAAAAACUGAUAUUACUAAUUAUCUAAAUUUUCAGCCAUGUUCGUUCAAAAUUGGAACUUUUUACUUCCGGAAGUCAAUUUUUACCAUUUUUAAGCCGCCAUUGUGGCCCAGAUUUGACAAAAAAAUACUUUUUGAUACUUUUUGCUGAAAUUGCAUCUGCCAAUGUCUUAGAGGAUGACAUUUGAAGGAACUGUGAUAAUUGGAUCAGGAAAUAAAAGACUUCAAAGUUUGGAAAAAUUGUGUUUCCUCUGAAAAAUCGGUGACAAAGUGAAAUUUGAAAACUUUAAAGGGUCAUAUCUCUGUAAUGGUAUAAGAUAUCAAGCUAGAAUUUUCAGGAAGUUCCUAUCUUAUAUAUACAAACAUUUUGACAGAGUUUUAUGAAAAUCUGAGGUGGUGCAUGUGAGACCUGAUUAAAAUCUGGACCUCUUGGCAUGGAAUGACCCCAUUGCUGACCUUCUGGGGAGUCCUG